UUUGCCGAAAUCAUUGAGAGCAAACGUAACGAUUAACUAUAAAAAUAUAAAAUGUGGCCAAAUUAAGGAGACUGUGUGUGAGAAUUGGUGCAACAUUGAAAUUAGCAUCCAAAACUGUCAGAACCAGAAUAACACUGCACUCAGAUCUUAUUCCGUUCAAUUCAACCUAAAAAGAGACAUGGAUGUAAAUGAGGAUGUGAAACUUCGAAUAGAGGAAUUUUAUCAGGAAGGAAACGUCUCCAGUGCACUAUUUAAUUUAGUUCGCGGUUACUAUGCAAUGGAAGCAAAGCUAUUGGAAUUAAGAAUUGUGGCAAUUACUCCGCAUCCAGGCGGUCGUAAAAAGAGCUCAUAUACAACAAAGCAAAAUAUUGUCGAAGUUUCCGGAAUCGUUGUAAUUGUAACAGCUGAAACCAUCUGCGAGGAGGGAGCUUUCAACUAUUUCGGUAGUUGUGUUUAUUGUCCAUCGGGUACCUACCAGAUUGGUGAUGGAUGUCAGAUGUGUGGACCAGGGUACUUUCAAAAAUUUGUUGGUCAGACAAAUUGUGAACUUUGCCCUCAGGGACAUAUCUCACCUGUCGGAAGCAAUACAAUUCGGAAAUGUUACG